AUGGGUGUCCACGACGCCGCCACGCGCCGGUCGGCUCCUCGGCUCGCGUUCGCGUCGCCCUCCGCGCGCCACUUCUCUCCACUGCCGUCUUCGUCCCCGCCCUUCUCCUCGGCUCAGGAUGCGAUUGUUUGGAUACCCGGCAGGGCGGUCGUUACGCUGCCUGACCGGGUAUCACCAGAAGCCGCUCAAGGCCGUCAGGGCGCCUGGCUUUCGCCACCGGCCGCACGGGCCACGCCGGCGCCUAUCCGGCUCGUAGACGACGUCCAAGACCUUCCUCCAUUUGCUGUGCCACCCGGCAGGGCGUGCCGCAUGCUGCCUGUCGAGGUGGCGCCUGGACUCGUGCCCGACUCUCAGAGCGUUGGCUCCCCGGGCACUCAGACGCCUUGCCCGGGUCCGAGUGACUUCCACACGCCGCGUCAAGACCCCGGACUGUCUUCUCCGUGCGCCGAUGGCCCCCCGAUCGAAGAUGCGAAUGAUUUGGUACCCGGCAUGGCGGGCGGCAUGCUGCCCGACCGGGUACCACCAGAAGACAAUGAAGACCACAACGCCGACUCUCAGAGCGACCACUCCCUGGCCCUUGCCCCACCAGCUCCUGCCACGGCUCCCGACGAAGACUUGCUUGCUUCCCAACCCGGCAGGGCGGCAGGCAUGCUUUCCGCGGGGUACGCGCUUGUAGCCGCUACGGCUCGCGCCCUGGGCGUCACGCACGACACCAGCGACCCUGCGGACAGCAGCAGCAGCGAUGGGGAGGGCUCGAGUAACGAGGCAAUUGCUUUUACUGUUGACGAAGACUGUCCAAGUGAUGACGACCGGCUUUGUCUGGCGGCUACGGAGCUGCCCGGCCAAGCUGGAUACACUGCAGUGGCCGCGGCUACACCCAUGCCAGCGUCCACUGCAGCAUCUGUCUCUGUCCCACUAUUACAGCUCUGUGACAACCGACUCGGCGGUCCGGCAUGCAUGCAGCCCGACCGAGUCGGGUUUGAUGAACCCACGUCCCUUGUGGACACUGCCCUGUCCAGUGCCGCUGUCCUGGACAUGGUCAAAGACGUCUGCCAGCGCGCCGUCACCCACGACGUACCGGGUCCACUCCACGAACAUGUCCAGACCGAAACAGGGCGACCGGACCCGGUACUAUCAGUGUACGCCCAUAACGCGCCCGCAUUCCCUUGCACGCUGUGUGGGCACACUGCAUGUGACAUGAGCGCGCUGUCGAGUCACAGACGGACCUCCCACCGUGGCACCUGCUUCGUGGACCACUUCCACAGCGGGUGCCCGUGUGGCAUCGGGCACAGGACUCGUGCAGCUGCUACAAAGCAUGCUCUGAAGUGUCGAGACAGCCCGUCCUACACCCCUUCGGCUGCACGUGCUACCCCGGGUCCGUCUCCGGUCCCCUUUCGUUCUCGUUCUCGUUCCGUGUGGUCUGUUCCGGAGGAAGAGGUGACCCCUGAACUCACCGGGUCCCUCGUCCUGGUUCCUUCCGUGGGUACAGCUGUUGCAUCAAGCAGCACUGUGCCCACAGAUGCGGCCACACUCCAGAGCACCGUGCCUGCUCCCGUGAACCAAGCCGGGCACCUGCAUGCCCCCCCCCGUGCGGUGCCCUUCGCCACCGCAGUCACAUGUUCGGGUGGCGGGGAAGCGGCGCCGUUUAAACGAAGCUGA